GUUCACCCUGUACGGACAUAAGUGUAUUUCAGCGCAGGCGCUCGUUGUGAAAAUGGUGGUGUACCGAACGAUGAUGUGGUGUUUCUUCGCCAUCCUCGGAUGCGUUGCCGCGAUGCCGUCUAACCUGGAGAGCGUGUCAGUUUCGCGGACGAAUCUUGCCGACAUGGAGGCUUCAGCCAGCGGAUACUCAUAUCAGCAACACCACGGCGCCCCCGUCUCAUACGUUCAUUUCAACAACCACGCGACCGGAAAUUUCCACAACGCCCCAACCCCGGUGGUUAGCUACAUCGCCUCUGCACCCGAACCGGCUCCCGUGGCUUACAGGGCACCAGAGACCAUCUUGAAAUUUAGACCAGCCUCGCAUCAGUACGCUCAAAACGCGCCAGACAACUACAAGCUUGGUUUGCCCACUGGAUACAUCCUACCGCUGUUACCGAAGCAGAAAGAACCGCUGGCGCCUUACUUUGUGCCUGUGAAGGUUGACCAGGUUCCUAGGAAGAUUGAAAUCGCUGAUGACGAAAAGGCGGAUGAUGAUGAUGAGAACGAUGAGGAGCAUCACCACGACGAUGAAGACGAUGACGACGACGAUGAAGAGGAAUACGAUCCUUCUUUCGGGCACGGCUUCAUCGAGCCAGCCAAGAUCAGCGGGUCUGACUACGAGUCCGGAAGCGGUGCGGAGCAUAGUGCAAAGAAGCAUUCUACUCACGGAGAGAAGGGAGAGAAGGGGUACAAAAAUUAUCAGGACUUUGAUAACAACGAGAAGGGUGAACAUGAGAGCGAGAAUCACAAGGGUCAGUACAGCGCCGACGGUGGGCGUAAAAAAUCCCACAGCAGCACCAGCGGCCACUACGCCGGACACGAGGAAGGAUCAAAGGGUGAGGGUGGUUUAAGCUACGGGACGGAGGCCUCUCAUAAGAAGGGGCACAAGACAAGUGGCUUCCACAACGUUUAUCAUAAGGACGAGUACAAGAAGGACACCGACUUUUAUGACGACGCCCAUAAAAGUGGCCACUUCGAAAAACAGGGUGCAUUCGGGGAACACCACGUGUCCACCGAGAGCGGUUUCAAGAAGGGAGGCCAUCACGACUCUGCAUAUGCUCAAAAUGAUGCCGCGAAGGAUGGUGGGUUUGACAAGGGUCACGACUACAAAGAGGACCAGGGUCACAGCAACGCCAAGGGCCACCAGGGCUACCAUGAAAAUUAUGCUGAUUACGCCGCGAAGGAUGCAGCCAAUUCGGGCAAAAAGCAUGGCUAUGCAAAGGAACAUCAUGAACCCAGCAGAUACACCUCGUGAUUAACUUCCUCUGCUAUACUAACGCGAAUCAUGCACUGUCUUUAUGCCAGGCUGAAUCUGUUUUGUUUUGUUGUUCAAGUUACGUUUUAAUAAAGUGGGCGUAGGAAAUGAAUAAAUCACAUAUGAAACUAU